CUCCCCUAGCCCUCCUGGCUGGGCUGGCACAGAGGCUCCCGGCUGACGGCUGCUGCUCCCGUGCGGGUGCCCCCACGUGCUGAGCUAAUCCUGACAGAUAGAGGGCAGACAGAAGCCCGCUCGCUGCUCCCAGUUAGCUGCUUGUGACAAGUAAGGCGGCCGACGUGCAUCUCGGAAAGGGGAGAAGGACAGUAUCCUCCUGGGCUAGCAUGUCAGGAGCUUUCUUCCCCUUGCACCUCUAGCAACGUUUUGUAGAUGCUGCAAAACUGGAUAUGAGUGCUUUCCAGAAACAAGGCGCGUAACGUGGGAACAGAUCCUCUUGCGCCCAGAUUAUGAACACUGGCUGCUUUGAAAGGGAUGUGCAGGACGCAGUCUUGGCGAGAAAACUUGCUGCAUAAUCUUACGUGGGCUCCCGAUGAAACUUUCAACCGGCAAAUCAGCCUUGAGCAGAAUUUGACAGAAGAUGUUACAACGGUUUUACCUCUGGAAAUGCUUAGCUUCGGGGAUCAUCCUGGGAGCGCUGUCUGCAGUCUGCUUCGGCCAGUACGAUGAUGACUGGCAAUAUGAGGAUUGCAAACUAGCUAGGGGAGGACCGCCAGCCACCAUAGUUGCCAUUGAUGAAGAAAGCCGGAAUGGUACGAUUCUGGUGGAUAACAUGCUGAUCAAAGGGACUGCGGGAGGACCAGACCCCACCAUCGAACUUUCCUUAAAGGACAACGUGGAUUACUGGGUGUUGCUGGACCCCGUCAAGCAAAUGCUCUUCCUGAACAGCACGGGCAGAGUUCUGGAUAGAGACCCCCCGAUGAACAUACACUCGAUCGUGGUGCAGGUGCAGUGCGUCAACAAGAAGGUGGGCACCGUCAUCUACCAUGAGGUCCGCAUCGUGGUGAGGGACCGCAACGACAACUCUCCCACGUUCAAGCACGACAGCUACUACGCCACGGUGAAUGAGCUCACUCCGGUCGGCACCACAAUAUUUACAGGGUUUUCAGGAGACAACGGAGCUACAGACAUAGAUGAUGGACCAAAUGGACAGAUAGAAUACGUCAUCCAGUACAAUCCGGAGGACCCGACAUCCAAUGACACCUUUGAAAUCCCCCUCAUGUUGACUGGGAAUGUGGUGUUAAGGAAGAGGCUCAACUAUGAAGACAAGACUCGGUACUUUGUCAUCAUCCAAGCUAAUGACCGGGCACAAAAUCUGAAUGAGCGGCGAACCACCACCACCACCCUCACGGUGGAUAUUCUGGACGGAGAUGACUUGGGUCCGAUGUUUCUUCCUUGUGUCCUUGUGCCGAACACUCGUGACUGUCGCCCGCUCACCUACCAAGCUGCCAUACCUGAGCUCAGAACUCCGGAAGAACUGAACCCCAUCGUGGUUACCCCGCCCAUCCAAGCUGUUGACCAGGACCGGAACAUUCAGCCGCCAGCAGAUAGACCAGGCAUCCUCUACUCCAUCCUUGUUGGGACUCCGGAGGAUUACCCACGAUUUUUCCAUAUGCAUCCUAGGACGGCAGAACUUAGCCUCCUGGAGCCCGUAAACAGAGAUUUUCACCAGAAAUUUGAUUUGGUUAUUAAGGCUGAACAAGACAAUGGUCACCCUCUGCCAGCCUUUGCCAGUCUACAUAUUGAAAUACUGGAUGAAAACAACCAGAGUCCCUACUUCACGAUGCCCAGUUAUCAAGGCUACAUUCUGGAAUCUGCCCCAGUGGGAGCCACUAUCUCCGACAGUCUGAAUUUGACCACCCCUCUUAGAAUUGUGGCUCUGGACAAGGACAUAGAGGAUACGAAAGACCCAGAGCUUCACCUUUUUCUCAACGAUUACACCUCAGUCUUCACCGUCACACAGACCGGUAUCACUCGCUACCUCACCCUACUUCAACCAGUGGACCGAGAAGAGCAGCAAACUUACACUUUUUCGAUAACAGCAUUUGAUGGUGUGCAAGAAAGCGAGCCAGUUAUUGUCAAUAUCCGGGUGAUGGAUGCAAAUGAUAACACUCCAACCUUCCCUGAAAUAUCCUAUGAUGUCUACGUUUAUACAGACAUGAGCCCCGGGGACAGCGUCAUACAGCUCACCGCGGUGGAUGCAGAUGAAGGGUCCAACGGGGAGAUUACCUACGAGAUCCUAGUUGGGGCUCAGGGAGACUUCACCAUCAACCGAACCACGGGGCUCAUCACCAUCGCUCAGGGGGUGGCACUGACAGUGGGGCGCACCUAUGCGCUCACAGUCCAGGCUGCAGACAACGCGCCUCCUGCAGAGAGAAGGCACUCCAUCUGCACCGUGUACAUUGAAGUGCUUCCUCCAAAUAAUCAGAGCCCUCCCCGCUUCCCACAGUUGAUGUACAGCCUUGAAAUCAGUGAAGCCAUGAGGAUUGGUGCUGUUUUAUUAAAUCUCCAGGCAACUGAUCGAGAGGGAGACCCAAUAACAUAUGCCAUUGAGAAUGGAGAUCCCCAGCGAGUUUUUAAUCUUUCAGAAACUACUGGGAUUCUAACCUUAGGGAAAGCCCUGGACAGGGAGAGCACCGAUCGCUACAUUCUGAUCGUCACUGCUUCCGAUGGCAGGCCGGAUGGGACCUCAACUGCCACGGUAAAUGUGUUAGUGACAGAUGUCAAUGACAACGCCCCAGUGUUCGAUCCUUAUCUGCCUCGAAAUCUGUCCGUGGUCGAAGAAGAAGCCAAUGCGUUUGUGGGUCAAGUAAGGGCAACAGACCCUGAUGUGGGAAUAAAUGGCCAGGUGCACUACAGUCUGGGCAACUUCAAUAAUCUCUUUCGCAUCACAUCCAACGGGAGUAUUUACACAGCAGUGAAGCUUAACCGAGAGGUCAGGGACUACUACGAACUUGUCGUUGUGGCAACCGAUGGGGCGGUUCACCCGCGUCACUCAACUCUGACGCUGGCCAUCAAAGUGUUGGAUAUUGAUGAUAACAGUCCCGUGUUCACUAACUCAACAUAUACUGUCAUCGUAGAAGAGAACCUGCCAGCUGGGACCACAUUCCUUCAGAUAGAGGCCAAAGAUGUUGACCUGGGAGCAAAUGUGUCUUAUCGGAUCAGAAGCCCAGAAGUCAAGCACUUUUUUGCACUACAUCCGUUUACAGGAGAACUCUCCCUCUUAAGGAGUUUGGACUAUGAGUCAUUUCCAGACCAGGAAGCAAGCAUCACUUUUCUCGUGGAGGCCUUCGAUAUUUACGGAACGAUGCCACCGGGCAUUGCUACUGUCACAGUGAUAGUGAAGGAUAUGAAUGAUUAUCCUCCAGUAUUUAGUAAACGAAUCUACAAAGGGAUGGUGGCUCCGGAUGCUGUCAAGGGCACACCUAUCACCACGGUUUAUGCUGAAGACGCAGACCCUCCUGGAUUACCUGCAAGUCGUGUGAGGUACAGAGUAGAUGAUGUCCAGUUUCCUUAUCCUGCUAGUAUUUUUGACGUAGAAGAAGAUUCUGGAAGAGUAAUAACUCGAGUCAAUCUUAAUGAAGAACCUACGACAAUUUUUAAGCUGGUGGUCGUUGCUUUUGAUGAUGGUGAGCCUGUGAUGUCCAGCAGUGCCACGGUGAAGAUUCUGGUCUUACAUCCUGGAGAAAUCCCACGCUUCACACAAGAGGAAUAUAGACCCCCUCCGGUGAGCGAACUUGCUGCCAGAGGCACAACAGUUGGCGUCAUUUCUGCAGCGGCCGUCAAUCAGAGUAUCGUGUACUCCAUUGUCUCAGGAAACGAAGAGGGUCUGUUUGGAAUCCACAACAUCACGGGUGUUAUCUAUGUCAAUGCCCCUCUGGAUUACGAGACAAGAACGAGCUAUGUGCUUCGAGUCCAGGCUGAUUCCCUGGAAGUGGUCCUCGCCAAUCUCCGAGUUCCUUCGAAAAGCAAUACGGCUAAAGUGUAUAUUGAAAUUCAGGAUGAGAAUGAUCAUCCCCCAGUGUUUCAGAAAAAAUUCUACAUUGGAGGUGUGUCUGAAGAUGCAAGAAUGUUUACUUCUGUGCUCAGAGUUAAGGCUACUGACAAAGAUACUGGCAAUUAUAGCGCCAUGGCAUACCGACUCAUCAUUCCACCAAUUAAAGAGGGAAAAGAAGGAUUUGUGGUAGAAACAUAUACCGGGCUCAUCAAAACCGCUAUGCUUUUCCACAACAUGAGAAGGUCCUACUUCAAAUUCCAAGUCAUCGCGACUGACAACUAUGGGCAGGGGCUAAGUGGCAAGGCAGAUGUGCUGGUGUCUGUGGUCAACCAGCUGGACAUGCAGGUGAUCGUUUCGAACGUGCCCCCGACUCUGGUGGAGAAAAGGAUAGAAGACCUUACAGAGAUUUUGGAUCGGUAUGUUCAGGAGCAAAUUCCUGGUGCCAAAGUGGUGGUGGAGUCCAUCGGUGCUCGCAGGCAUGGGGAUGCCUUUUCGCUAGAAGAUUACACCAAAUGUGACCUGACUGUCUAUGCAAUCGACCCCCAAACCAACAGAGCCAUCGACAGAAAUGAGCUUUUCAAAUUUUUGGAUGGCAAACUGCUUGAUAUCAAUAAAGACUUUCAGCCGUAUUAUGGCGAAGGAGGACGUAUUCUGGAGAUCCGGACCCCGGAGGCAGUGACCAGCAUUAAAAAGCGAGGAGAGAGCCUAGGCUAUACAGAGGGGGCCCUGCUUGCACUCGCCUUCAUCAUCAUCCUCUGCUGUAUCCCUGCCAUCUUGGUAGUUCUGGUCAGCUACAGACAGUUUAAAGUACGCCAAGCCGAGUGCACCAAGACAGCGCGAAUCCAGUCGGCAUUACCCGCAGCCAAGCCUGCUGCACCUGCGCCUGCACCUGUGGCCGCGCCCCCGCCGCCCCCGCCGCCCCCCGGGGCGCACCUGUAUGAGGAGCUGGGAGACAGCACCAUGAGAGGGUAUGCAUCAGAGCAACAGCAACUGCUGAGGCCUUCUCUUCUUAAACCAGAGGAGUUAUCCAUGGAGUCUGGAAUUGAUCCUGGCCAGGAAUUUGGACAAGAUUAUUACAGUUAUGAGCAUGGGUAUGAGAUGCCUCAGUAUGGAAGCCGUCGCCGUCUCUUACCACCAGCUGGACCAGAGGAGUAUGGUGAGGUGGUUGGUGAAGCCGAGGAAGAAUAUGAGGAGGAAGAGUGGGCCAGGAGACGGAUGAUCAAGCUGGUCGUGGACCGCGAGUAUGAGGCCAGCUCCACCGGAGAAGACAGCGCCCCAGAGUGUCAGAGGAACCGUGUGCACCCUCGCGGCCUGCACAGCAACAUCAAUGGCAACAUCUAUAUUGCACAGAACGGUUCUGUGCUGCGAACCCGCCGGGCCUGCCUCGCUGAUACCUUAAAAGCCACUUCCCCCGUGCGCCUGGGGAGGCACUUUAAGAAACUCGACAAGUUGGCAGUGACACAGGAGGAGAAUGUCCCCCUGAACACGUUGUCCAAGGGCCCGUUUUCCACCGAGAAGAUGAACACAAGGCCCACUCUUGUCACGUUCGCCCCUUGCCCCGUGGGGACCGACAGCUCAGCAGGGAGGCCGCUGGGCCCCAGGCUGAAAAGCACAGUUGAACAGGAGGCCGACAGUAAGAACGUCAGGGACCCUCUGGAAGUCCACAGCGACCACACGCACUCAGACGACGAGGAGCUCUGGAUGGGCCCCUGGAACAGCCUGCAUAUACCAAUGACAAAACUGUGACUGGGGUUUUCUAAGAAGUUACUUUGAUUUUUACUUCAGUUUUUAAUAAACUGCGCUUUUUAUUGUCGCCGACAAAACGACGUAUGGGAUUUAUAUCAUGCACACAAGCGAAAACUUUGGAAACUAUGCUUUAAACUUUAAAAAAAAAGACAAAUUUGCACUCACUCACAUUUGUAUUGGUGAAUUGUUCUUCCGGGAAAAUCUUUUUUGGACAGACUCUCAAUUCACUAAAUAACAUCUCACUUAAAUGCAUCACUUAGCUGUUUUGUUGGGUCUUGAAUUUUUUUUUCAUUAUAAUAAACAAGAAAUAAUUUACUAAGUCAUCAUUUAUAUUUUGUUGAUUAACAUAGAUGACUCUUCAUCUCCACCUUCACAGAACUUUUUUUGGUACAUGUGAAUUUUCUUUUCAUUAAAAAAAUGGGGAAAAAAUUUAUAUUAGAGGAUUUUACAGGUAAUGGGUUUAUACAGCUGCUGUCUACACCAUACUGAUUUUUUAAAAGAAUAAUAGAAUUACAAAGUGAUAGCAAAUGUGGGAAUCUUCCGUAAAUUAUUAGGAAUCAUGAACCUCUUUUCCUUAUUGUCCGAUAUAAAGUUUUUCAAAAUUUUACAUACGUAUCUGUUGACCUUUUAAGGAAUACUCGAGGUCCUAUCUCUUUUAUAAAUAUCAUCUGCGGUUUUCCCUCACUCCCAACCCCUUUGCACACACACUUUAUGAACACUGUAUCCACACCUAACAUAGUAUAAUUGAGUUUCGCCAUGUGAAGUGAAAUAAUGAUUUGGAAUUCUCCAAAUAAAUUCUCCACAGAAAUCUCCCCCUCAUCAAAAGCUUACUGAGGUGGAAAAAGAUCAAAUAGGAAGAACACAUUUAGAACCGCAAUUUCAAUAUGGAAGACAUAGAAAGAUCAGAGAAGUCUAUUUCAAUAUGGAAGACGUAGUAAGAUCAGAGAAGUCUCACAUUAAUGUCAUUGGACAUGAACAUUUUAUAAAGGAAUGUGGCAGGGUCAAGAAUGUAGGUAACAUGUAAAAUGCCUAGGAAGGGUAUAAAUCUAUAGCUUCAAGUCUAUUAUGGUAUUUCACUUCUCCAGCUCCAUUUUCUUUAUAGACUAUUUUAAGAAUGGUAAUAUCUAUGUGCAUAAAGUGCAGAACCAGAUCAAGAAAAAAAUGCCCAGGUAAUCAUUAUCAAAGAACACAGUCAAGAUUUCUCACCACUAAACAAAGCACAACAUUUCACCAUUCACAGAAAUGAAAACCUAGUAUCCUUUCCAAAACAAAAAAAAUCCCAGAAACUUGCCUUGUGUGCUGCAUACUCUCCAGAUGUUAGAAGGAUGGCACUACAAUUGAAGAAAAUUCGGAAUUUUACUGAAUAGGACUUCGUAGGAUAUAGCUAUAGUUCACCUCAAAUUUUGCACAGUAUUGACCAAGUUCGGAUUUCAAUAAAAUUCUCUCAUGCAUGCUUAUUAUAUGGUUGAAAGAGAUUGAAUAAUGCACUAUUAUUAAUUCCUCUCUCACAUUUCAUAGUUUAAAAAUAGCUGAUUAUAAUGUUUCCUUAUUUCCAAAGUGAAUGAAUCGUAUGUAACAUAAAUUUGCCAACUUAUAUAA